AUAGAGAUCUAUGGUGACGCCAGUGAAGUCUCGCAGUAAAACACCGGCCAUCUUUCUCCGUGUUCAGCAGCAGGACACUUUGUAACCGAGAGUGCUGCGAUCACUUUGAUAAGCUUUACAAGUUUUGGCAAGUUUAAUUUAGUUAUCCAAGCAACCAAACUUGCAACAAACAGGAACACAAACCAUGUUUGUGAAGUUCCUCCGCUGACAUCCUGCCUGUCUGUCCGUGUAGAUGCUCUGACGGUCUGAACAUGGAGAUGGUGCCCAGCGAGGAGAACCAGUUCGUUCCCAGAGAGAUUCAGAAUGCAGCCGAGGAGCCCAGAGUGCUGUGUAUCAUUCAGGACAUCACCAGUGCGAAGACGGUGAAUGAGAGGCUGACGCUCAACCUGCCUGCCUCCACCACGCUCUCCAAGCUCUAUGAAGAUGUUGCACACAAAGCGGGAUAUGUCAAAGCCACUUUUGAACUUGCAUGGGGGAAUACAACGGACAUGGCACCACUGGACCACAGCAGUGAGAUGUUCCUCUCAGAUUCUGGGUUUGAGCCCGGCGGUAAGAGGAAUUUCCUGCAGCUAACGGACAAAGAUGGAGAGCAGCCUCAGAUUGCUUCGGAUGAGUCAGGAACAGCAGAGAGCAGCGGACUGGACGACAGCUCCCAGGAGCGCUUCAUCGGGCCGCUGCCCAGAGACGGCAGCGCCGGCUGCAGCGGUGACUACAGCAGUCCGUCUUACUCCUACUCAUCCAUCCUCAACAAGUCUGAAACAGGGUAUGUGGGCCUGGUCAACCAAGCUAUGACCUGCUAUCUGAACAGUCUUCUACAAACGCUGUUCAUGACCCCGGAGUUCAGAAAUGCACUCUACAACUGGGAGUUUGAGGAGACUGAAGAGGACCCAGUGACCAGUAUACCCUACCAGCUGCAGAGGCUGUUUGUCCUGCUGCAGACGAGUAAGAAACGGGCCAUCGAGACCACCGACGUGACGCGUAGCUUCGGCUGGGACAGCAGUGAAGCUUGGCAGCAGCAUGAUGUCCAGGAGCUGUGCAGGGUCAUGUUUGAUGCCCUGGAGCAGAAGUGGAAGCAGACAGAGCAGGCUGACCUGAUCAACCAGCUGUACCAGGGCAAGCUGAAGGAUUAUGUGCGCUGUCUGGAGUGUGGCUACGAGAGCUGGAGGAUCGAUACGUACCUGGACAUCCCUCUGGUGAUCAGACCCUUUGGAGCCAGCCAGGCCUACGGCAGUGUGGAAGAGGCCUUGCAGGCAUUCAUCCAACCAGAAACUCUGGACGGGCCCAAUCAAUACUUCUGUGAGCGCUGCAAAAAGAAAUGUGACGCCCGGAAGGGUCUGAGAUUUCUGCACUUUCCGUACCUGCUGACGCUCCAGCUGAAGCGCUUUGACUUCGACUACACCACUAUGCAUCGCAUCAAGCUGAACGACCGCAUGACGUUCCCCGAGGAGCUGGACAUGAGUCCAUUCAUCGAUGUGGAAGACGAGAAGUCGCCUCAGACAGAGAGCUGCACUGACAGCGGAGCAGAGAAUGAAGGCAGCUGCCACAGCGACCAGAUGAGCAACGACUUCUCCACCGAUGACUGUGUGGAUGAGGGAAUCUGCCUGGACAGCACCGGCAGCACAGAGAGGGUGCUGAAGCCAAAGAGUUUGUUGACCUUUGAGCUGUUCUCCGUCAUGGUCCAUUCUGGCAGCGCUGCGGGUGGCCACUACUACGCCUGCAUCAAAUCCUUCAGUGACGGCCAGUGGUACAGCUUCAAUGAUCAGCAUGUUAGCAAGAUCACCCAAGAUGAUAUCAGGAAGACAUACGGGGGUUCCUCAGGGAGCAGAGGCUAUUACUCCAGUGCCUUUGCAAGCUCUACAAAUGCAUAUAUGCUGAUUUAUAGAUUGAAAGAUUCCUCAAGGAAUGCAAAGUAUUUAGCUGCAGAAGACUUCCCCGAGCACAUAAAGAGUUUGGUUCAGAAGGAGAAAGAGUCUGAAGAGCAGGAAAAGCGACAGAGGGAGAUCGAGCGCAACACUUGCAAGAUCAAGCUUUUCUGCAUGCAUCCUGUAAAGAUGAUGAUGGAGAGCAAGCUGGAAGUGCACAAGGACAAAACUCUGAGAGAAGCAACAGAAAUGGCCUACAAGCUGAUGGAGCUGGAGGGCACAGUGUCUCUGGACUGCUGCCGCUUGGUGAAGUACGACGAGUUCCACGAAUACCUGGAGCGCUCCUACGAAGGCGAGGAGGACACGCCGAUGGGCCUCCUGCUGGGAGGAGUCAAGUCUUCUUACAUGUUCGACCUGCUGCUGGAGACUCGCAAACCAGAGCAAGUCUUCCAGCCGUACAAACCUGGAGAGGUGAUGGUGAAGGUUCAUGUUGUGGAUCUGAAGAGUGAGACCAUCGCCACUCCAAUCAGCGUUCGGGCGUACUUGAACCAGACGAUCACUGAAUUCAAACAGCUUAUUGCACAGGCUACGGGGCUUUCUGCAGAAACCAUGCGUGUGGUCCUGGAGCGCUGCUAUAACGACCUCCGACUCCUCUAUGUUCCCAACAAGACACUGAAAGCUGAGGGAUUCUUCAGGAGUAACAAGGUUUUUGUGGAGAGCUCCGAGUCGACGGAUCACCAGGUGGCGUUCACUGACUCGCUCUUGUGGAAACUGUUGGAUCGUCACGGGAACACGAUCCGGCUCUUGGUCCUGCUGCCUGAGCAGUCUCCUGGCACCUUGGCCAACAGAACUCUUUGCCAAAAAGUAGGCGGUGACUCUGACGCGCCCUGUGAGGGUUCAAAGGGUAACAGAAAGUCUGUAGAGGCGAUCCUCGAGGAGAGCACUGAAAAGUUAAAGAAUCUGUCUCUGCAGCAACAACAACAACAGCAACAACAACAACAGCAGCAGCAGCAGCAGCAGCAGCAGCAGGGCUCCAGCCCCAGUGACAGCCAGAAAAGCUCUGACGCCAGCGACUUUGAACAUAUCGAGUCCCCGACCCAAGAGGCCGACUCCAACUCUUCCCUCUGUGUGGCUGCAGACAACAGAGAGCUGGAGAACCGGAUCAGGGGAACAGCCGGAGGCAGCAGCGGCGCCUCCUCCGACCCCGAGAACCACUUCGCCGGCGAGGAGCGUUCAGACUCUGAGGUGAACAACGACCGCAGCACCAGCUCGGUGGACAGCGACAUCCUGAGCUCCAGCCACAGCAGCGACACGCUCUGCAACGCGGACAGCGGGCCCAUCCAGCUGGCCAACGGCCUGGACUCACACAGCAUCACAAGCAGCCGCCGCUCUAAAGCCCACGAGGGCAAAAAGGAGACAUGGGACACCGCAGAGGAAGACUCCGGGACAGACAGCGAGUACGACGACAACGGGAAGAGCAAGGCCGAGGCUCAGUACCUCUACUUCAGAACAGAGCCCUGUUCUCAGGAUGACUCCUCGGCAGACGCACAAAAAUGUUUAGUGGUUCACGUGGACAAGAGAAUAACACUAGCAGCGUUUAAACAGAACCUGGAGCCCUACGUGGGCGUCACCUCCACCCAGUUCAAGGUGUUCCGGGUCUACGCCAACAACCAGGAGUUUGAGAGCGUCCGGCUCAAUGAAACUCUCUCAUCGUUCUCUGACGACAACAAGAUAACUAUCCGACUAGGAAGAGCACUGAAAAAGGGUGAAUACAGAGUGAAAGUGUAUCAACUACUGGUGAAUGAAGCUGAGCCCUGUAAGUUCCUGGUGGACACGGUGUUUGCUAAGGGAAUGACUGUGAGACAGUCUAAAGAGGAGCUGCUCCCUCAGCUCAAAGAGCAGUGCAAGCUGGACCUCAGCAUCGACAGUGUUCGUCUCAGGAAAAAGACAUGGAAGAACCCCGGCACGGUGUUCCUGGACUACCAUGUUUAUGAAGAAGACAUCAGCAUCUCCUCCAACUGGGAAGUUUUCCUGGAAGUUCUCAAAGAACCAGAGAAGAUGAAGUCCAUGUCUCAGCUGGCGGUCCUGACCCGCAGAUGGAGCCCCGCCACCAUGAAGCUGGGACCCUUCCAGGAAGUGAUCCUAGAGAGCAGCAGUGUGGAAGAACUCAAAGAGAAGCUCAGUGAAAUGAGUGAGAUUCCUCUUGAAAACCUGGAGUUUGCAAAGGGUAGAGGAACAUUUCCUUGUGAUAUUUCCGUGUUGGAGAUCCAUCAGGAUCUGGACUGGAACCCUAAAGUGUCGACUCUCAACGUGUGGCCUCUGUACAUCUGUGAUGACGGAGCUGUCGUCUUCUACAGGGACAGCAGCGAGGAGCCGAUGGAGCUGUCGGAGGAGGAGCGCAACGAGCUGAUGAAGAAGGAGAGCAGCCGCCUGCUGAAGACGGGACACCGCGUCAGCUACUCGCCGCGCAAAGAGAAAGCCCUGAAGAUCUACCUGGACGGGGGCCCUGCCAAGGACCCGGGGCAGGACUGAGGCCCCCCUCCCCCCACCGCCGCUCCUCGUUCUCCGGAUGGUCCGGCUGCUGCAGCGGAGCCUCCGGGCUGCAGGACUCCAGCUGAGCGUCGGGCCUGAUCGUUACUUGAACAUCAAGCAGCGCUGUGAGGCUGACCAGCUCUCUCUCUCCACUCUGAGCCCCGGGACCGGCUCACAAACCCUAUAGUGCACUAUAGUGUAUUGUACUGUAAAGUUUAAAGGGAAGUACAAAAAGCUAUUGAAUACAGAGAAAAAAUAAGAAUCAAAUACUGUAUAGACAAAUCAAUUGAAGGUAAAAAGCUCCAGAGAUGGAUGAUGUUAGGACUGUGUCCAUCCUGUCUAUUUAAGUCUCCUUCCACUCUCCAUCUUUCACUCUCCUCUCUGUCACUUCCUGUUUCAGGAAAAGUGUCGACUCUGAUUCAUCUGUGACCAUCUUGUAAGUCCAUAUGCUCACGCCGCCCCGAGCAGCAUUGCUCUAUUACAAAAAUACUCAUUUCCAUCUCCCAUUGCUCCUCAACCUUCCCUUUUUAAACACUUUAAAAAAAAACAACAGCACACACAACAAAAGGACUAUUUACCCUCAGCCUCCCCUCUUCUUCUAAAGAGGCAAACCUCACUCUCUCAGUGACUUUGACAGCAUCAUUUCACAAGAUGUGAUGAAUCAAACGAGAAAAAAAAAAAGCAACAAUUACGAAUUUGUAAACAGGAAGUGGUUUCUGUUCUGAUGCUCCUCUUCUAGCCAGAGUCGUCCUUACUGCUGCUCUUUGUGCUUUAUAUAGGGGCUUUACCUCUGUUACAUCACUUCCACUAGAUUUAAUGAUGCAUAGACUAUUGGUCCUUUAAGUACAAUUAAACAAAAACCAAGUAGGCUAUGUUAAGAAUCUCCUUUGUUUUGUUUCCGUUUGUUGUAAAUUAUUCUUUUGCUCCCAGACGUAAUCAUUCAGUUAGGUCUUGUGAAGCACCAGGCAGUCACACAUCUGAUGUCUGUAUUAACCUUUGAUUUAGAAAAGUGGAUUUCUUUUGUCUGUUUUUUCUUUUUUUUUUUUGCACCAUGUGAACUGGGUGUACAUCUCUAGUGUCAUCCGUGAGUGUGUGUGUGUGUGUGUGUGUGUGUGUGUGCUGUUGUACUGAGGGGAGGGAGCUCUCUCUGGGGUUUUGGCUGAGAGCACAAGGUUGUUUUUGGCGCUUCUACCUGCUGCUGCUUGAUAGACUGACACCAGAGGGUGUAGAAAGCAUGCUGGACUUUAUUGGGUCCGCUCGGGCAAACUGGUCUGAGGACUUGAAGCUCGGCAUCCCGGGACCGUCUGGGCUCCUGAUGCUGCCACCAGCUGUUCACUGUAGAAAUGCCAAUAUCUUUUCUUUUUUUUUUUUUUUCUUUGUUUUGUUGUUGAUGUUUAUUUCUUUGAGAUUUAAAUCCUGUGUGAAAAUAGUUUAAGAUGAUUUUAGAAAUGAAUUAAAAUGCUUUUUUUUUUUCUUUUCAUAAAUGCAGUUUUCUGUCACUGUCAUUAAAAUAGCUUAAUUUAACUAAA